AUGAACUUUUAUGUCCUUCUGAGUAGAGAAGAUACGAUUUACUAUUUGAGAAUCUAUCACUUGAUUGUUGCUCUUUUGAUGUUUUGUUGUGGUAUUAUUGAAAUCGAAUUUUUAUGGAGAACCAGAAAACUUCCAAAACUUGAUGAACCUCAUGAAAUCCCUGAUCCGGCUUUGAUUGGAGCAAUAGCUCUGACUCUUGGAAUAAUGUUGGGCUAUUUGUACUUUAUUGUUUUCGAUUACGCUUUUCAAAGUUGUGACAAAUUAGUUGAUGCUCUAUAUCCAUCGGAAUUAUUUAUCGAAGCAAUUUAUGAUGUUUUGAUGGCAACUUUUUCUGGAUUAUCAUUGGUUUACAUACUCCACAGAAGGUUUUAUGGAGCUAUUAGUUCUAAUUUGGAUAAAGUAGGGCGGCUUUUCAUCAAUAUUACAUUUGCUGUUGUUUGGAUGAAGGUGGUCAUUUACAAAGGAUAUUUGAGUCAUCAGGAACUAUGCCAACGAAAAGAGCUUGAAGGCUACUGGUGUCCUGUUAUCAAACGACACUAUGAAUGUAAUCCAGCUUCGGAACUUCAUGGAACUCAAAAAAUGUGGUAUUACAUUAACAAAGGACUUCUCUCAUCUUCUAUCAUCUCAUGUGCUUCCGAAUUCUUCCCGAUUCUACUUGUAACACAUUGGCUUGCUUGUGGAGGAGCUGAAGAGAGAGCAGAGGAUAUUGAAAGGAGGAUGAAGAUUUCGGAAUAUUUCAAGUUGAAUUUCCAACCAAUAUUUUUUUCAGAGAAAAGAAGGUGUUCGUGGAAUGCUUCGAGAAUUCAUGAAAGAUGUAUCUCGAGUCUACGUGGAUAUCUCGUUUGGUUUUUUAUUCUUAUCACACCGAUUGUCAUGAUUAUGUCCACACUCAAAUGGCUCUUCUACUUUUACUACACUAUAGACUUUGAUGAUUUGGUGAAUGAACAUUAUAUGACCAAUGACUAUAUCAAUUUAGCUGCAAACGUUUGUCAGGUUUUCUUCUUUGGAGCGGUGAGUGCCCUUUCAAUAUAUUUUUGCAAGAGUUCUGUGAAUUCUCUGAAAUUUCAGUUGUACGCCUUCUCCACAACCAUCGCUAACGAACGUCUUGAUGCUCAUCACAAAGCACAUGCCAGAGGAGACAUUUCCAUUUUAUUCGGAUGUUGUGUCGUUCUUUUCAUCAAAUUGAUUUUGCAAUCUGUGGAAAUCGAGUAUCAGAGAAUCGACAACUUCAUUAUUCUAUCAGAUGCAAUCAUUCAAAAUGUCAAUCUUGUAAUGGUGCAAGCGACACAAUGGCUACAGUAUUUUGCAGUUCGCCGGUUACUUGCACUUUCAGAUAAAGAUUGUAUUGCAACUAAACGAUUCCUACCGCUGGCAUUCCUCGCGGGUCUUUUGCUUGCAUGGAUUCAUUUUGGUGUCACAUUUUUCGAAACUUCACUUAUCAAAUAUCAAUUGACAGAUGAGAAAUUUCCGUUCUCAAGUACGACUCUCAUUUGUAUGAUAUUCACACAAACCUUGUUCCCAGCUGACUAUCUUUUUGCAUUCACUGUCUCUGGAUGCUAUCUAGAAUUCCUUCAGAGAUAUCUAAAUAUGGGAUACUUCCAGCUCGGAGAGCCAAGAGUAAAUGUCACCCAUGGGCAUGGACAUGAUCAUGAUCACGAUCAUGGUCAUGGUUCAGUGGAUCACGAAAACAAUGAGCAAGUGUGUUGCACAGAAAACGAUUCGAGGAGCGAGGGAAUAGCACGGACACCCCGUAUGAUUGUGGUGCUCAUGGGUAUUGUUAUCCUGCCAAUCGAACAUCUGCCACAACUUGUUCCGGAUGCACCUGCUCCGAUCAAUCAACACAAACAUCUGAUACAGUUUGCACCGGCCCAACCAGCUGCUCUCCGAGCCCUUGCACUAUUUCCAACCAACAAUGUAAUAUUGUUGAUGACAUUCCAACAUGUACAUGUGCUGCUGGGUACACUGGAACUGACUGCACCAUGCGUAAGAGCUAUGACAAGUGACCCGUGCUCCCCCCAACCAUGCUUACAAAACGGAGUUUGCUCAUCGUCAGGAGGAACUUAUACGUGUGCAUGUGCUACUGGUUUCUAUGGAGAACAGUGUCAAUAUUCUGGAGAUCCAUGUACGGGAUAUUGCCAAAAUGGCGGAACUUGCUCACUCAUAUUCAGUGAGACUACUCCUUAUUGCCAGUGCCCUUUUGAUUACUAUGGUGCAACUUGUGGAACUGCUCGAAGUGUUCAGACAUCCUAUGUCGGAUGUUAUGAUGAUUCAUCUGCCACAUUCACUGAUUAUUACGUUUAUUCAACUACUAUCACGAAAGGAAAUGAUUGUAGAGAUGCAUUGAUCACUUACCGGGAAGCAAAUCCAACAUCGAACUACGCUUACUCUACAAUGUCUGGCACCAAAGGAGAAUGCCUCUUCUCCACUACCAACACUCUCACGGAUCCUCCUAAUGCUGGAUUACUUGGUGGACUCCUUGCUGCUCUACUUGCCACGUGCUCAUAUUCUGAUAUGAAUUCCGGAUCUGCAUCCGUUUUCUCUCUCAACGAUGUCUGUACUCCUGGUCCGUGUGGAGAUGCAGCUGGGAAUGGAAAGUGUAUUCAAACCUCCGCAUCAGCUUAUAGCUGUCUCUGUAAUCCUCUGAAAACUGGAACAACCUGUCAAAAUGAUGCUACAUUGACUCCAUGUGCAUCUGUGGACUGUGGAGUAGGAACCUGUGGAAUAACAGAUGAUCAGAUUGGAAGCUAUUGUUUGUGUGCCAACACAAACCAGACUGUUGCUUGUGUGGGGGAUCCGUGCACUACAAAGCCUUGUCUUUACGGAGGAACAUGUACAGACUUGGGAAACGGAAGAUAUUCCUGUGCUUGUUUAAACUUGUACACAGAUACCAAUUGUGAAACAUUCAAUCCAUGUUACAUUGAUAAAUGUGAAAAUGGAGGAACAUGUAUUCCAGCGUACGAUCUUCUGGAUUCCACAUUCGUCUGUCAAUGUACACCAGACUGGAAGGGCACUUAUUGUGAAGAAGAAAGAUUCUACUGCGAUGAGACUCCUUGUCAAAAUGGUGGAGAGUGUGAAGAUAUAAUAGGUCCUCCUAAUAGUUAUAACUGUACUUGCACACCGCAAUGGACUGGAACCAACUGCACAACAGAUGUUGAUGAGUGUGCCGAAGAUACAACUCUCUGUAAAACGAAAGAUCCCGAUGCCACUUGUGUGAACACAGAUGGAAGUUAUUAUUGUGUUUGUGGUCCGAAUAUGUUUGGAAAAUCUUGUCUAUUCAAUAAAAUCAUCUACCAAAUUUUGAACGCAACUUACGGAAACUUGGGACCAGAUGAACUGGAUGAGAUGGCACAAGAAUUAACAAAUGAUCCAACGCUGGUUCGUGAUAUCGUUCCAUUUCUGAUUGGAGGAUAUAGUCAGGAAGUGAGAGAAAGUCUGUCGUGGACUGCCAAGAUAUGUUCUUAUGGGUUGCAUAUGAACAGCAGUUGA